AUGUUCGGGCAGAUAGAGUCCGCGCUCUCCGGCUGGCUGGCGGAGAGCCGGCAGCAGGCGGCGGGCAGCGGGCUGGCGGCGGCGGUGGCGCAGCUGCAGGCGGUGGCGGGGUCGUUGCAGCGCGAGGUGGCCGAGGGCCACAGGCAGCUGGUGCGGCUGGCCAGCCAGGGAUCUGCCGCGGGCGCCACCAGCAGCGGCGGCGCGGGCGGCGGCCGGUCAGGCGGCGGCGGCGGCGGCGCGGCCGCGCCCGUGGACCCGCGCGCGCGCGUGUCGGCGCUGCUGGCGGCGCGCGACUACGACGGCGCCUUCAACGCGGCCCUGUCCGCCGCCAGCCCCGACCUGCUGACCUGGACGUGCCGCCAGCUGUCGCCCGCCCAGCUGGCGGCCGCCGAGCCGCCGCCGCUCAGCCAGAUCUGCCUGCUGUCCCUCGUGCAGCAGCUCGGCGCCAACCUCGGGACGCCCGUCCUCGGGAAGGCCGACGCGGACCUGCGGCUCGACUGGCUGACGGAGGUCGCGCCGCUGCUCGAGCCGUCGGCGCCGGCGAUCGCGCCGCACCUGAGGGGCGUGCUGGGAUCAGUCAUGGCCGGGCUCAAGGCGCUCGCAGGGCAGCUGCCGCACACGGACCCCGUCGGGCGCAAGGCCAAGCUCGCGAUUCAUGUAGUGAACUCGCUGCUGCACCAGUAG